CGGUUCUGUUGGUGCUCACAUAGUGACGCUUGCCUUAACCUCAUUAUUGACUGUUACAAUUCAAAAUAACAAAAUGACCAAAAAACGCAAGUUUUCGUCAAAUUUGGGCUCAAUUAAGGUGGAAGUGAAGGAGGAGAACGUCCUGGGCAAUGACUACUUGAUGGCCAAGGGCCGCCUCAAAGGCGUCCUCAAGCAACUAACUGAGAAAAGUGACUCCGACAGCGACUCGUCCGAUGAACGGAGUUCCAAAUACGAAAAUCGCAAACGUAAAGGCGACUCUGUCCUAACCCCCUACCGCCACACCUACGUUAUGAAAUUAUUCGACAGAAGCGUAGAUUUGGCCCGGUUUGAGGAGGACACUCCCUUGUACCCCAUUUGCAGGGCUUGGAUGCAGAACCAGCCCCGAAAUCCGCAAUCAAUCGUUAAGCGCCGAUUAUCGUCACCUGAACCUAAUGAAUUUAACUGGAAUACGAGCAUGAUCACAGACUUGCACAGGUUGCCGCCCCCUAUAGGUCCCGUGGUCAGUAGAAUCCCAUCACCUUUGCCUGAACAAACGGAACAAAACAAGGAUAAUAUAAAUUUGAAUUAUGAGGAAUGUCCACCUGUUCCCAAAGAUAUCUUGAUCAGGAAUCACCUGCAAAGGUGGGUCAAGGUCAAGAAGAAGUGGAUUGACACUGCGGUUAAAAACGAGGAACGGUAUCAUUUGAGCACGCAAAUGCUCCAAACUAUUUACAAUAAGGCACAAGAAGCAAUGGAAUAGUUUUUAACACUUGGAAUUUUAUUGUAUUGUGUGUUGUAAUGAAAGUAGUGAUUUUGUCAACGCAUUUAAUAAACCAUUUUACAACAAAA